AUGUUUACUACCACAAAAACUCCUAAAGUAUCUACUCCAAAGAAAUCCAUUUCAGAAAAUUCAGUUUUAAAUGAAGAAAAUCCAAAUAACUCCGAUCCUAAAAUCCCAGUAUUAAAAAAAUCAACUCCGAGAAGCUCAGUACCAAAAAACUCAGUAUUAAAAAAAUCUACUCCGAGAAGCUCAACUCCAAAAAACUUAGUUUUAAAAAAAUCUACCCCGAGAAGCUCUACUCCAAAAAACUCAGUUUUAAAAAAAUCUACCCCGAAAAGUUUAACUCCGAAAAAUUCAGUAUUAAAAAAAUCUACCCCAAGAAGCUCAACUCCAACAAACUCAGUAUCAAACAAAACGACUCCAAAAUCCAAAUCAAAAAAAAAACUUUUCCCUAUAUCUUCUAGUUCUAUAUCGGGUUUUAAAGUAACGUUACGAGCAACUUUGGAAAUUUUAUCUGAGUUACACAAUGAUUAUGGAUACGAAUAUAUUCUAACAUCUCGGUUAACUCAAGAUAAUCUUGAGAGAUUGUUUUCUAUUAUGAGAUACAGUUGUGGUGCCAAUGAUCAUCCAACUCCUCAGCAGUUUGGUCAAGUUUUUCGUUUGUAUUGUUGCAAUGCCAUGAUUAAACCGCCAAAAGGUUCAAAUGUAACUGGAGUUGAAUUACUUCAAACUCUAAUGAAGACAAAGGACUCAUUGGAAAUGUCUCGUCAGCCGCGAAUGGAGUGGUUGGAAAAAAUUGACCAAAUGCUUGAGAACGCUGUACCGCUUGAUGCAAUUUGGCAAGAUAAUUCAUGCAACAAUAACGAUGGCAAAUCAGAGCCAAAUACUUUUAUAACAGAGGAAUGCAUGCUUCAAGACCAUGAUUAUGACGUUGUGUCAACAAGCCGAGAAGUUCAGGCUUACAUGGCCGGUUAUAUCGUUAGAAAACUUAAAAAGCUAAGUUGCCUAUUGUGCUUGAAAAGUCUUCAAUCGUCUAAUGAUGAAUCGCAUUGCCGGGACCGUUUCAUUGAUUUGAUGGAAAAGUAUGGAGGAUUAUCGCGAGCAAGUGACGGUUUAUUUCAAUUGACUGUGCAAUUAGAAGCUGCUUUUUUGGACGUUGUUGGUAAAGUGGGGCUGAGUCGUGGAAUUAUUUAUAAAAUAUUAAACCGAGUUGAGAAAAUUCUACCAACAUUAUCAUUAGUAGGGUGUGCAGUUCAUCAGCUUGAAAUCACCAAAGAAAUAAUUGAUUUUUACAUAACCAUGAGGCUGUAUUUUCUCGGUAGAAAUUUUAACAAGAGAAAUCAGUUGAGAAGAGAAAAAAUGAAAACUCUGAAAAAAACUUCAAAACUAAGUUCGGGCUCCUUAUCUAGUCUCCAUGAUCUCGAUGGUGAUGCCAUCUUCUCUGGCUGCUUUGCCAUUUCUUAG